ACGCGUCUACAAUUACUUUCGUUUACGCCUGGAUUGCGAUAAACAUGUGUCUAUACGAGUUUAAAAUUAGGUUGAAUAUGCUGGUUGGGUUGCUUCAGCUGCUUACCUUGACAAAAAGGUUUAUUGGCAUAGUUUAAAGCCUUGUUUUUUUUUGUAAAUAAUAAAAACCGAAAAGAAAAAGCACUGGUUUUAAAAACAUAGUUUCUACAUCGAGCAAUUUUCUGGUGAUUGUUUAAAUUACACACUGUGCAACAUGAUGAAAGUUAUUUAACGCAAGUUUUAUAUAAAGAUUUACAAUGGUUCAAACAGUUAUUGCGACACAAAAUGAUAUUGACAAUAUAUUGAUGUGCACAAACGAUGCAUUUAUGGCGGAUGCUUUCUACAAAAAGCCAGAAUAUCAUUAUCGAUUCACAAGGGAAAACGUUAUAUCUAAAAUGUCUCAUAAAGAUUCAGUUUUUAUUCUUGCACGCGAUAGUAUGACAAACGAAAACUCUAAUAACGAAGUCAUUGGCAGCAUAUAUUUACACUGGAUUACUAAGACAGAUUGGGUUGUUGUCGAUAACAGUUCUAUUCCUAAGGUUACCCUGGUUGGAACAUUUUCGGCUGUUUCUGUACCAUCAAAAUAUAGCAAACGUGGCAUUGGUAAAACAUUAAUUGCUUCUGCUGAAAAUUACUUACUUGAAAAUGUUUUUAAAGCAAUCCAGCAUCAAAUGUCAAGUUCCGUUAAUAUUAUCAACAACAAUCCACAAUUCGGUGUAGUUAUGGAAAUUGAAGUAGUUAGUUUACGCGUGGAUUUGUUUCCUUGGUAUGAAAAGCAAGGCUAUCAAGUUUUUGAUAAAGUUAAACCGAACGAUGUAGAGUUUACAGUCAAAAUUUUAGAUGGUAUGGAUGUUUUUAUUAUAUUAAUGAGAAAGAUAUUAUUGUAAAUUAGCCUUGAUCAUUAUAUUGUUGUUGUAUGAUACAUUAUAAUAUUUAUCAAACACAUAAAUGUAAAGAAGUAAAA